ACGGGUUCAAGGCUACAGCCACAUCUUAAACCUUCACUAUGCCAGCACCCACCAAACUGGCCUCCAAAAAAGGCGCACCAACUGCAUCUUCCUCCGAUGCAUUAGCAAAGGAAAGUGGCAGCAGCAACGCCUUACCAGCGAUAGCCGCCAAAAGCGUUGCUAACGUCAAUUCGAGUGCAUCAUCCCGCCCCGCUUCCGCCGGCAGCGAUGCGUCGCUUGAAUACGAGGGCUUGGUGCUGAGCUACGGGGACAGCGAAAAGAUUAUGGGCUGUGUGUUGCGGAGUGAUACGAAGGGCGCAGACCUGGCUAUCCGAAAAGCGCUCCAUCUUCAUCCACCUCCACCUCCACCCAAGCACGUUCUAUCCCUCUCGCAAGCGGCGGCUCUGGAAAUCAAAUCAGACCGGCAUCUCGAAGACGAAGUGCAGAGGGACGGCAUUUUUGCCCGCUACCUGGUGGAUGCUUGCUGGUUCGCCAUGACCAAAGGAUUCACGAACUGGCAGCUGUCGGUGUGGAUUACGGUUUUCUGUGCCGCUCAUCGGGAUUUCAUUGGUCAGCUCCAACUGGACAAAGAGAUCAAGGGCGGCCAUGAGAGCACGAAUUCCAUCAGCAUGAGCGGGAUAGAGUCUGCGAAGUUUUGCGAGCACCUCUUCCUGGAGACGCUCGUGACGUUCAACUACCGCCGCUUCCAAUCACAGGCGUUCACGAAGCAGGAAGCCAUCGCUUUGAUCGAUUUCUUCACCGAUAACUACCUCCGCCACAUCGACCUCAUCUCCUUCGUCUUCACCCAAUCGCAAGACGUCAACCAGCAUUCGGCGAAGUACCGCGUCAACCAGCCGGAUGAAUUCCGGCGAGCUAAAGGCGGGAAGGGCUCCUUUGACGCGAAACCGCUGAAAGAUGCCGUGCCGGAAGAGCGGUGGAAUGAGUUCUGUGCGAUGGAGAGGGAGAGAGAGAAGGCGGAGAGGGAGCGGAGGGAGCAAGAGGAAGCGGAAGCCGCACGGCUGAAGGCAGAGGAGGAAGGAAAAGCCGCCGCUGCACCGGCCCCAGUCGUCGAUCUAUCACCCGCCGAACCCCCUAUCUCAAUCAAACCCCUCGAACUCCCACCCCCACCACAACCCAACCCAGCAACCCUCUUCCCACCAUCGCUAAUCGAAGCCGCAGCACACGAAGCACCCGUGCCCAUCCCUGUCACCCAGGUCGACUCAACCCCUCCCACAUCCGACUCAACAUCCCCACCGCCCAGUCCCUUGCUCUCCACAUCGGACAUCCCGCGGAGCAAAACACUUUACCCCGCCGAAAUCGCCCACAUCCUCUCCGCGACGAUCGACAGUCAUCUCGCCGCUCUGUCGUCGCAUCUGGAGAAGCAGAUGGAUCAUCAGGCGGCGGAGAUGGCGAGGAUUUUGGAGAAGAGGGAGAAGGAGAAGAAGGCGGGUGGGGCCGUAGUGGGGAAGGUGGAGGAGGCGAAGAAGGUGGCGGCUGGUGCUGCUGGUGCGACGGCACCGAGGAGGGAGUCGGCGGCGGGCAAGACGAAGAGUGUUGGCGAAAAGAAGGUGGCUGGGAAGAGUGCAAAGGGACGGUAAACAACACUUGUCGAGCCAUAACCUUGGCAAUGAAGCGGCGGAGCGACUGGUGCGCUGACGAGUCGCUUUGGAAACGGAAUGCAUAUAUCUGUCGUCAAUGGGAACACCUCUUCAACUCAGUAGUG